CCGAUUUUGCGCGACAUGCAAGCAUGCGUGAAAAGUGUCGUUGGCUUUGUAAAGGCAUUCGUGGUGUAAGGUUCGGUUUAGUUUGGAUGAUAUUUAUUUAGACGCAAUUUAGAUUUGCACAAAUCACCAGUACAUUGUCGAAUAGUUCUUCUUUAAGCGAAGUUUAAACAUCAAAGAACAGCCAAUCGAGGGAGUGAAUUUUCUUUCGAACUUCAAAAUACGAAGUAUCCUUAUGUCACCAUGCCUGUGUCUCUUGGUGAAUGGCGUGUCAGGAUCGGCACGUUCAUGCGCCGUCGGAGGAAAGAAUAUGACUACAACUACUUUUGGAGCAAACUUAACAACUUAAUUAAAAAAAGCAAGAAUGCGGAGCCACCCAAAGAAAACGACAAUCCUGAGUGUAACAUCUCAUCUCGUACUGGCUCUUCACCUGAUGCGAAUAGUUCUCAAGGGAAAACGGAUUGUCGACCUGCGUCUCCUUACAAUGUCAACCUGAAUACCGCUCAAACCGGGCCUUCAUGUGACGUCAGCAUUAGCAGAUGUAAUGCUAAUUGUCAGACUCGGUCACCAUGUGACGGUCCAGAGUUUGAUACUGUAACGGAGAGAGGAUUCCCAUGUGAUGUAAAAAGACCCGGUCAUAGCGAUGUCUCUCACUCUGAGUCUUCGUGUGCUGAAAACAGUGGUUCUCCAACAGCAAAUGAGACCAACCCUGUCCACGAUAACACUGACAUUCAGAACCCAGUUCCCCGACCCUGUGUAGAAGACGAAUUGGACAAUAGAUACAUAACCAUUAAUCUAGUGUCACAUGAAUACCCCCCUAAUCCCGUUCAAAUAAUAGAACUACCUGAAGUUGUCACAUCAGAAUCGUACUCAGAUGUACCUGUAGCCAUCGCGGGUGAAACAGAUCGUAUCCAAACAGACGUGGAGGAGACAUCAAGCUCUUCACCGUCGGGGAUAGAGGACCUAUCAUCGGGCUUGCCACCUAAACCAAGGCAAGAUACAACGAGAAGCACCGAGCAAACAACACCAUCCAACAGGGAAGUAACAGAGCAUCACGGAUCACCGACUUAUCCGAUCCCCGUAUCAGGGACAGCCACCAGUGAAGCAGAUGCAAUCAAAGGAAAUGACUGUCCACACAUGACCAAUAUACUCCUAUUGAGAUCCGGUGACGUAGAACGAAACCCUGGUCCAAAUGAUAACCCUGGAUGUCUGACCGAGCUCGAGCUUUAUCUCAUUGCCGACGGUAUGGAUCCCUCAGACUUCAGGAAGGUCGGACUAGCUUUUGGAUUCUCCGAGGCUCAACUAAGUCGAUUUGAAAAAGACAAGCUUGGCGACUCCAUGCAUGCUACCUAUCAGAUGCUUUACGAAUGGCGGAAGACAGUACGUGAUAGCGAGGCGAGGGAGACAUUGGUCGACAUGUUAGAAAGCAUUAAGCUGGUACAGCUUGCUGAUAGUGUACGAAAAGGUCAGGUUGGUGAUGACAUACCCUCAAUGACAGAGGAGGAAAUCAAGCGGGUUGCUGAAGAGAUCAAACGCUAUUAUACAAUUUAUCUAUGUCAAAUUCAAGCCGAUCCACUGAACAGCGAGCUUCAAAUUGAAUUUGACCGAAUCUUCACCAAUCUAACGUUGAUGGAAGAAGACAAAGGUACAACGCGCAAGAUACCGCUUCUCUACGACGACCUCCUCAGGACGAAAGUCAACAAAAUCUGUGCCAAACGCUUGUUGGUGGAAGGUGAAGGUGGUGCGGGGAAGACCACUUUCUGCGCCAAGAUCGCUUGGGACUGGAUCCACGGAAAAGGUUACCAAGAUUUCAAACUAGUUCUUGUCAUCCUUUUUCGCGAGGCAAAGGAAAAGACUGUUGGAGAGAUAGUGAAAACGUAUCUUUCUGACAAAAAUCCAGUCACUGCCAAGCAGCUAGACAAGCACAUCCUUUCAAAUUCUGAUGAUGUCUUUCUUGUCAUGGACGGCCUAGAUGAGUCUACUGUUGAUCUUAACUGCAUUCAGCAAAUCGCCCUGAUUAUUCUUGAUAAGCUGUUCAAGUCAGGGACAGUACUUAUUACAUCGCGACAAUGGAGAUCAGAUGAGAUUAGGAAGAAUGCCGAUCUCAGAAAGGGGUUUGCUUUCAUUGCUCUGGAAGGUUUCUCUGCUGAAAACCUCUCUUCCUACAUCACCAAGUACUUUCAUCCAGACACAGCUUCCUCUGAAGAUCUGAACCGAUUCAUAUCGAACAACGAUGUGAUCAGAGAGAACAUGGCCCCUUACCCCAUAUACACAGCCAUGCUAUGCAUCAUGUGGAAAGAGUUUGAUGGAAAGCGCCGAGAGGCAAUGUCCAAGCUGCAAACAUUUUCCCAGCUCUUCAAUGAGAUGAUUGACUUUUUGGUUGAUCAUUACCUAUCGAAGCACUUUCAAUCAUGUAUUGUUGAAGGCAUAUUGAGAGAGAAUCGUUCAGAUAUUCGUCAUCAUCUGCUUCAAAUUGGCCACAUUGCCUUCAGGGGACUUCUUGAGAGACGGUUAGUAUUCACAGAAGAAGAGUUUCAGAGUUAUCCAGAGUCCAUCGAUGUAGGUUGUAAAGUUGGUGUGCUCACCAGAGAAAAGAAAGUUCUUCCAAGAAAAGACAGAAGAACUAAUCCAAAUACAGUAGUUCAAUCGGUGCAUUUCCCUCAUAAGCUCUUCCAGGAAUAUCUAUCAGGAAUGUAUCUUGCAUCUCUAUUCAACUCACAUUGUAAUGAGUAUGACAGGUUGAUAGCGAUAAUCAUGAAGGAUGCAGGGGAAUACCGGUACCUACUGUACUUCACCUCGGCCCAGCAGAAGGAGAUCGGAUUGGAUAUCGUAUCUCAUCUCAAAGCAGGAAAAAGAAAGCGUAGACAUGAUGAUGACUUCGUCGUAGAUGUAGCAUACGAGAGCCAAGACCAGGCAGUGGCCAAAGCAGUGGCGGAUCACCUCUCCUCUGAGUCUAGCAAGACACUGACGAUCACCGAGAGCAUGCAGGCACACACAGUAUCAGGGCAUAUCUUCAUCAUGAAUCAUCGUGAAGUGGAUCACCUGAUAAUUGAGAAGCCAUGUGGACGGACGGCUUCAGAGGACCUGGUUGAACUCAUGUGCUCAUCACGAACACUGAGAUCUGUGAAGAUCGCUACUACUAUCCCUAUGCAUGAUGUCUUCUACUCGGUGCUUGCGAAUAAGGCAGCCGACUCCAAGGUCCGUAUACAUCUGUGUAUUAUCCACGUUCUGGUAUAUUUGGUACUUCUUUAUUUUAAAAGGAAUGGAUGCCAUAUUCAGUCAGGAUAAUAGUUUUUCAUAAGAUGUCAUAAGAUUAAUUAAAUUAGGAGAAUACUGGA